AUGGAUCUUGCCAAUGGAGCUCAGCAAAGCAACGUGGCUACUUACCGAGGAAAGAAGCAACAGAAAGACUCAAGACAGAUGGCGGCCGGAAAGCGCCUGGCCUCCCUUCACGCGAAUCCGCUAGGAUUUAAGGCUGCUUUUUGCCUCGGUGUAUUACUAUGGGCUUUCAUUACGCUCUUUCUAUUUCGACGGUAUCGGCUGACCUUCGACAUGGAUGAAGCAGAACAGCCGUUGACUCUUUUUUCUGAAAAUGCACUGUAUUAUUCCUUCUACCUGGACGUUGUGCGCGCGCCUUCCUGGUUCAAGGCGCUUGAGUCGCUGCUGCACGACAACCGGUCUGAACAUCCCGACGUCAUAAACGCACUCGAGCGCUUCAACAUCUACCCAGCAUUGACUCUGAGGGAACAUUGGGGACUGCCCUUUCUCUGGCUAAAUGUCAUCGCCAUUUACGUAAUGUUGCAGCGGCACAUGCGUUUCCGUGAUCAAUCGAAAAUUUCGGCCCUAUUCGGCAUGUGCCUUCUUGGCUAUCCCGUUUCAAUCGUGAUAAGACGCAUAGCUGCGUUUUACAUGGUCGCUCUUGCCUUUGUCUUCACUUUCAUGUUUGCUUCAAAAUACCUCGCCUUUUCGUUUUUCCCUCACGUCACACUUUCGGUAUUCGUGAGUCUUUGGCUGUGUCCGCGGCAUACGGCAAAUCCCAGGCCGUUCGUAGGGUGGUUGUUCGCUGUGGACUUUUGGAGAGGCGUUGUUGCGGUGGGACUAUGUUGUUUGAUCCGCUGCGCACUAGUGCCCUUCGAAAAGGACGACGCGCACGUUUUCAGCCUUUUGAUGUACCACCUGGGCUUUUCCAAAGACACGUUCGACAGCAGCAUUUACAUCCUGGGGCACACAGAGUUUCUGCCGCUCAAUGCGACGCUGCUGCAGUACAUGAGGUCCUCAGGCGUGCUGGUUGUGGCGGCCUUGAUGGCGGUGGCCGCAUUCCUCUUUCUUUCCAGGGAAAUAUUUCUGGUGCACGGUUUGUCGUGCAAAAAUUGGGAUUUGUUUAUGUUAUUUGACGAAGGACUGGUCCCUUCUCCAGACGCGAAGGAAAAUCGCAAAAAUGCCGUUAGCCCAGAGGAGGAGAGUAGACAAGACGCAAUUUCCAGGGAACGCGAGAAGCUGAUGGCGAUGAUUGGAGGAGAUGUUAGGAUGAGGAAGCCCGCCAGGCCAGUGGAGGCGGAGAAGCUGACUGAACCCGAAAGACCAACAACUCAUGGAUCAGCAGCUGAUGAGCAAUUGAUCGGCGCCCUCUCUCCCGGAUUAUGCUACCUGUUUCUUCAAGCUUUCUUCUUCACAGCCUUGAUGCUGCUUAUAGCAAGAUUGCGCAUCUUAGCACUGCCACUUCUUUGCGUCUUCGCCUCCCUCUGUGCUUCAAAGGCGUUUUGGGGGAGUUGUGGCAGACGACUGCUAUCAGCGCUGGGGGAAAAGAACGUGCCACCUGAAUCGGGGAUUUUGGCCGACAUGACAACAUCGGCGUCUAUUCGCGCUGCCAUCCCUUUUCUCCGCACUGUCAUUCACCCGCAGUAUGAAAACGUUGGAAUACGGCGUCGAGUGCAGUUUGCCUAUGGGUCGGCCGCAUGCCCACCGAUGGCUCUGUACAAUCAGCUACUGCGAGAUCUUUACAGAACGGACUAUAUUGUUCAAAGCAGCUUCAGAUGUGCAGCACCUCCCAACGCCCCAAUUUCUGUCUUCGAUGUGGCGAACAAAAUAGACGAGUUUGAUUUCAAGUGCCCAGCUGGUGUUUCAGUUGAGCAACGCUUUUGCUUUCGCACUUUAUUUGACAAUAAUCCUUUCUUUAAGCUCGUCUACGCAAAUGAGGUCUUCUCCGUUCUUAAAAGGCUUGAUGUGCUCUCUCUAGACCAUCAGGCUGCAGCUAUUGAAGGCAGAAUAAAAGAAUACAAAUCAUUUGACUGGAAAAAUAAGAUAAUGGACAAAUCAAGCUGGCAGCCCUUCAUAGAACGUUGCAAAUUCGACACCGAGACACUGGAGCAGUACGCUCUAUACCUCGAUUUCAACUUGCGCAAGCCUCAGGCUGCACUGAAGUACUACCAAAAGGCAGCGGCGGUGAGCCCGCCGAACUUUGGCCGGGCAGUUCAGUACGCGCUCUACGUGCAGGAAAACGUGAAAGACAGAGAGAAAUUCAUUGAUGCAGCUGACUAUGUCGCCAAGGCAGCGGAACUACUCAAUGAUCACAGACUUAAUCUUUUAGAGGAGGUGGAUAACAUCUGCAGAGGCGCUGUGCUGCUGCAGCUGCUGGCGGGAGAGAAGCGUAUGACAGAAGCAGCAGCAGCAGCAACAGCAGCAGCAGUAUCGCGAAAGCGAUCACAAGGAGAUGAUAUUGCAAGCGAAAAGAGAGAGGAACUUGCAGAGGCUGCUCACGAAUUGUGGCAGAAGGCACGGGAAAUAAACAUUCAAAAUAGUUGCGUAGUUCGGCAUUGGCAGCUUUUUGAAGGUGAAAAUCUUUCCACCCCAAGACGCCUCCUCCACUUUUUCGUGGGGAACUUUGCAGCCGUCUGA